AAAUAUAAAUAUCAGUGAUUCAUGAUCAUAGUAAUCAUUAUGUUAUGACAGUGAGCACAUGGAGCUAUCAUGGCAACUUACUUGUUGCACGGUCUUGGAGGUGGAGUCACAAGUGUCAGCAGCAGUGAAGGAUGGGCAAGCCAACCAACACUUGAUUUUCCCGGAGGAAAUAAUCCUACAAAAGGAACUAAUGGAGUAGAUGUUGGACCAGGAGAAUAUCUCUCUUUCUCAACCUUCUUCGAUAAUUCAGGGGCUGAUUACAUCUCUGCUGCCAUCUGGAUCUACAAAGAUAAUAGAAGAAUCGAGGAGUUUGUACAAAUAGGUCACAGCUUCACUGCGGCAGGGUAUGCAACAGGAACUGGAGCAAUUACUGUUAAAGGAAUGGGAUCAGGAACUAGUACAACUCAACUAAAUGUGAAUGGGAGCGAUGUUAGCGGAACUAGCAUCGGUAUUCAGCAAAAUGAAUGGACUCUGAUUGGCUUCGGAUGGGGAAAGAAUGAAAGCUUCAUCAAGCUGAUUAGAGAUGGAGGGGGAGGUGUGUUCAAUAAUAUCUCUACUCCUAUCAGCAGUUGGAGUGGUAGUAGCACAGAUUAUUUUGUGGGAAACAAAAAUAACAACUGCCAAUCAGGCUGUAGCUAUACAAUUCAUAGCAUCAGGAUCUACUCAGAUGAACUUCCAGGAGUAGCUCAGGACUUGUAUAAUGCUCCUUACAAUGAAUGGUCAUGGCAAACCACUUGAGGAAGCGGAACCAGGGAAGGAGCUGAAGUAUGAGAUGAUGGUAACUACAACUCAGGUGACGGAUGAGCUUUAGGAUGCACACUUGAGACAGGCUAUUCAUGAACUGGAGGAACUGCAUCAACUGUUGAUACAUGUAGCUUAACCUGCCAGUCAACUUCCAGUCCAGCAGAUCAGACCGUCGACUGCUAUGACAACAAUACUGUUGCUGGAGACGGCUGCAGUUCAGUUUGUAAAGUUGAAAGUGGCUACACUUGUUUUUGGAACACUGGAACAAGUGAGAGUGAUUGCACCGAUGACUGUGGAGAUGGGAAGAUAAUUACUACUAUGCCAACCACUUACUGAGAUGAUGGCAACACAAGCAGCAACGAUGGCUGAAGCAGCACCUGAGCUAUAGAGAGUGGAUGGAUUUGAUCUGGAGGGACUACCUCUACUGCUGACACUUGUUCAGACGAUUGCGGAGAUGGUAAAGUUAUGGAUGUUCAAGCAGGCUAUUGAGAUGACAAUAACAAUAAUGACGGAGAUGGAUGCAAUUCUACAUGCGCAGUGGAGACAUACUGGACAUGAACAUCUGGCAGCUCUACUACUGCUAGUUCUUGAUCUGAUAUUUGAGGGGAUGGAAGAAGUAUGGAUCCAGUCUCAGGCUACUGAGAUGAUGGAAACACCAGUAGUAGUGAUGGAUGUAGUUCAGCCUGUGCUGUGGAAACAGGAUGGACUUGAACUCUCGGUGACUCUUCAACAACAAGUGAAUGUUCUGAUGAUUGAGGAGAUGGAAAAGUGAUGGUAACUUCUGCUACAUACUGAGAUGAUGGAAAUAACAUUGAUGGGGAUGGAUGUUCUAGUACAUGAGCUGUAGAGUCUGGGUAUACUUGUCAAGGGGGAAGCUCAACAACCAGCUCUACAUGAUCAGGUUGAUCUGUUAAUAACUGAGCAGCAUGAGUAACAGGGGACCAAAGUACAUGACAGACUUGCAAUAGUGGAUAUAGCCUUGAUAACGGUCAAUGCUCCUUGCGAUCUUCUACAACAUCUUCCACAACAACUUCCUCAACAACUUCCUCAUCACAAGGAGUAUCUACUUCAGAAUCUGCUGCCUCUCAAUCCGCUGUGGGUGCAGCUGCAGCUGCUACAGUGGUUAUCUCAGUUCUAAAUAUGUCGUCUCCCACUGUCUUAUGGGUGAUGGCUAAUCAAUUGCAACUUUUACUGCUUCUCGUUCUAACAAAUAGUUCAAUGCCUACCAAAAUAGUAGAAUUUUUGACAACGAACAGAUUUGCUUCUUUCUCAUUAGACUUCUUGCCUCUAGAUAAGCUACCAGGGCUGACUCUGGUGAAAGGCUCGUUUAUCAAAGAACAAGAUGACAGCAAUCUGUCUGAAAUUGGUAUCGAAUCAGGGAGUACAUUCUACAAUAAUUUUACGCUGAUCUUCUUGAUUUUCUUAGUGCUAUUGCCCUCCCAUAUCUGAUCAAUGCUGGUGCCAAGAUGUAAGAAGAUGCCAUACUCUGAGUCAAAGUGGAAAUCCAAAAUUGGAAGAUUAAUCAACAAAGGAAAAGACAUACUUUUUGAGCUAUUCAAUUUGACGAUUUACUUGAGACUCUUCCUUGAAGCCUACCAAUUCAUAAUGCUGGGAUCUGUGUCUGAGAUAUUCAGACUAGAGUACACAGAAUACGUAUCUUUCCUGAUUUCAUGAGUUGCCUUGAUCUUCUGAGCUUUCUUGCUCUAUGUAUCCUACCAUGUCUAUGCUACCACAAUGAAGUUCUACGAUGAAGAACAGUUUUACUACUUUAAAGAGCUUGCUAGAGGACUGAAGGAUUCCAAAGAAGCCAGGAUUUACACCUUCUUCCUCCUCCUAAGGCGCUUUGUGCUAGUGAUUUGGCUCAUCAGCGUGAAAGAUGCAAAUAAAUACUUUGCCAUUGUGUUUCUGUCUGUAUUUCAGUUGUUCUAUUUCUCGAGGAUAGUGUACUCGAGACCUCUGGCAGGAAAAUGUGAGAACAUAGUUGAGAUCACAAAUGAAGUGUUCUUCACUGUUCUAGCUUGCCUGUUAUUGCACCUGAACACUACAGAUGUUUGGGAAGGCACAAACACUUCUGUUUAUUUGUACAUUUUAAUUUCCAACAACGUAGUAAUUGCAAUGAUAAUGCUGUCGAAUCUUAUCUACGAUCUCUCUUGCAAACUUAAGAGAAGAUGCUCUAAGACAAUCAAGACUCAAGCGAAGCCUAAGGCUCCUGAAGUAGUGAAGAAGUUGGAAGAGCCUCACAAUCAGAUAAAGAAGACCAAGAUUAUAGACUUUCAUGACUUCUCAAAAGUUACUUCAAAUUCAAUGAUAAAGACUGAGUCUGCCAAUUGGAACGCUGGAUCUAACAUUCAAGUGUACAAAUUACCUCAGAAUCACAAGGAAAUCCCUAAAAGCUCAAAGCGUUCAAACCUAGACCACAGAAUGGGGCAAUUCUAAUCUUGC